AUGCACUUCGACGCGGUUCUGUCUCCGUGCGUCAUGAACAGGACCUUCGAGGUGAACAAGCUCGGGGUCUUCAACUUCAAGAAGCUGUACAUGACCAGCGUCGAGUUUUUCGAGGGCUGCAAUUGCUACAACGAAACGGAGGGCAAGUGCAAACCCAAGAAGAAGUGUCAUUGGCACCACUGGCAUAACUAUCACAAGGUAGAGUGGUCGACCGCGCUGGCGCAAGUUCAUGAGGCGUUUCCAGCGACGACCUUUGACUUCAACGACACGGACAUUUGGAAGAUGGACGACGAUAAUUUUUUACAUUCCUCGCCCUGCAUUUCAACAUUACCUGUUACUGUCCGACAUAUUCGGCGCACGGAGGAAUCUGCACCACGAAAUUGUCGUGUCACACAUCUUGAAGCUUUUGGAGCGAACUUCCAGCGUGGGUAUUCAGGACAUGGCUUGCGUCGGAGGCUGCUGCAAUAUUUUGAUACCUUAUUUCUUGAAGCGGCGCACAUUCAGCUGCGGCCACAAGAUGGAUCUCACCGAGAAUUGGAGCCAUGA